GUGCAGAGAGUGUUUUGUUAGACAUAUUCUGGAAAUGGCCUCUUCUGGAAGGAAGCUUGCUGGCAAAGUGUGUAUAGUGACUGGGGCAACUCGAGGGAUAGGGAAGGGAAUAGCUCUACAGCUGGGUGAGGCUGGAGCUACUGUAUAUAUCACAGGUAGGACAUUAGUUGCAGCCAAAGACAGUAAAGUAGGAGGAUCACUGACUGACACAGCCAGAGAGAUAGAAGAGAGGGGAGGGAAGUGUAUACCUGUACAAUGUGACCACACCAAGGAUGAAGAGAUACAGCAGCUGUUUGACAAAGUGAAGAGAGAACAGGAAGGCCAGUUGGACAUCCUCGUCAAUAAUGCCUUCAAUGCAGCCAAGGCCAUUUUUGACCAGAUGAAGGUACCAUUUUGGGAACAACCAAUGGAUAUGUGGGACACUGUUAACAAUGUGGGGCUCAGGAACCACUACCUGUGUACUGUUUAUGCUGCCAAGAUGAUGGUACCCAGGAACAGGGGACUUAUUGUCACCAUAUCAUCUAUUGGUGGAUUAACCUACCUCAUGAAUGUGCCAUGUGGUGUUGGCAAGGAGGCUUGUGACAGAAUGGUGGCAGAUUGUGCAAUAGAGUUGAAGAAACACAACAUAGCCAUGGUCAGUCUGUGGCCAGGGACAGUCAGGACGGAACAGUCCAGUGUCAUACUCAGUCAAGGUGGCUUUGAUAACAUGGGAGAUUUUGAUGUGAAGAAGAUGUUUGUGAGAGUCCAUUGAAUAUUCUGGCAAAGCUGUGGUUUGUCUGGCAUCAGAUCCCAAUAUCAUGAAGAAGACAGGUAAGAUCCAGAUGUCAGCUGACCUUGGAUAUGAGUAUGGCUUCAAGGAC